AUGAGUUUAGAUCUUGAGAUCCUUGAGAUCUCCAUCGGCCUCUUCCACUGCGCAGUGCAAAUGAACCUGGCGAGUGACGCCCAGAUGCAGUCGACUGCCAUCCAAGCUUGCGGCCAACGGUCAGCAUUUAGCCCUAACUCCCUCACUCGGAGACGGGCUCAGCAGUGGCAACGAGCGCUGGAGAUUUUCGCCGAUGGAACAGGGGGCCGCGUGGCCUUCAACGCGAUUUUAGACGCCGCGGAGACUCUGGAGCUUAGCCGAUCUCUGUUUGAGUUGGCGCUCCGGCGUGGCGUCUACCCAGGCCUUUUGAAGGACGGUUAUGGAACCUUGGACCUCCAUGAACUCUCAGCCGGGGCGGCCUCCGCUGCUGUGCAAUGGUGGUUGGAGCACGUUGCUCCCACUAUCUGUGCAACUCGUGAUGUCAGCCGGCUGGAGAUCGUUACGGGAGUCGGCAAGAGCCGCAAGGCAUGGCGCGGCGAGUAUGCCAGCGACGUGCGCCAGGCAGCUUGCAAAGUUCUCGCUGAAAGCGGCUUUCGCCAGGUUCCGGCCAGCAUUCCCGGACGCUUAGCAUUGGCAGCGCCUCUGCUCAAUGCCCUGCAAUACCGGCUCUCAACCGGUGUUUUUGGGAAUGAGACGUCUCCAAGGUAUCCUGCCGAGGGCCGACCGGUGAACUCUGUUCCAGGCUCCUCGAAGCUCGUGACGCCGAACGAGCCUCCGGUUGGACCGGCCCCAUGCUCGGAAGAGCUUUCCUUGGCAAAAGGUCUUUCGGCCACAGUCGACACCGGAGCGGACGAGAAGAACACCGAGGUGGAGGCAGAGUCCAUGAAAGCCAUGCCUCGAAAGGAGCUGCAGAGCGCCUUCAGCACAGAGUUCAGCCGCCUGGCCGAGCGGUUGACGCGAGAUAUUGCUGGUGAGCAGAAGCUGGAGCAGCUUGCCCCUGGCUUAGUGGACAAUGAAAGCAAAAUGAGGGCCCACGCGCUGGCCGAGAUCAGGAUUUUUCGCGAAGCCGCGGAACCGCGUGCGAUUGCCGCGGCGCAGCGUGCCCUCAGCAACCUGCGGGAGGCCGACAGCCAGGGGACCGAGCUUUCGGAGCUCAUUCGGCCCGGGUCCUACAUGGAAGCUUCUCUGUGGCUUCGCCCAGGGGCCGAGAAGGACUUCGACAAACUCCAGAAGGAGGUGCAGGAGACGCGAGAUAUGGUUUUAAGUCUCCAGUCGAGGCCCGUGCUGGAGAUCCCAUCGGAACACAGCCCGCAGAACCUCAAGGUGCAGCAGCUGGAGGCAACUCUUACCGACAUCCGCCGUGAUUUGGUCGGAUGUGUGGAUGCCCAAGAGCAGGUCGAGAAGCUUAUCCAGUCCUUGCAGAGAGAUUGCUCAGAGGUCCAGGAGAAGGACCCAUACAAAACUCUUGACAGACUCGCAGAAGGGGAGGUCAUCGACAUGGAGAAAGAAGGAAAUGUCGAUGUAGACAGGAUGGCGCCAAUGCCGGAGGCUGCCAUGCGGCUGGGCAGAGUAAGGAAGCUGCUCUUGGUGCGGCCAGCAGUGCCAGCACCUCUGGAUCCAAACUUUUCGCCGCUGAUUCUGGGCAAGCGCAACUAUCUCAAGGCCGUGGCCGCUAGUGGCAGCAAGGCCACGCUUGACUGGGCCCUGCCACGAGCAGAUGGCUGCGCUCGCUACACGCUGCCUGUGUUUGCAGAGGACAGCAAGGAGGUCGAAGCCUCGAUAUAUCUGGUGGGAGUCCUCAUCCAAGAGCAGAUUUGGCAGCGAAGCGCCCAGUCGAUGAUGCUCUGCGGUCCAGCAAAGAUCUGCGAGGCAUUGAAGAAGGAGUUCUCCGUUGGCGGGACCUACGAGUUUGAGGUCAAGUCGAUGCCUAACGUGUGCGGGACUCCAGAUAGCGCGUUCUCCGUGAGCAUCGUCGCUAGCACAGCUGCACUGCCUGCAGCAAAGGACACACCGCAGGUGUGCGGCAAAGAUGCCUCCGGUUGCAGACUGGCCUUCGACCUUGGCAAGAGUGACAUUAAGACCGUGGCUGUCAAAGACAACCAGGUGGUCUACUCGAAAGAGACAGAGUGGGACGUCACAAAUGCGGACCCCGACUAUCAUUACAAAGCGAUCGUCGACGCUUUGAAAUUGGCAAAGGAGAAGCUGCCGACCGUCCAAGCCAUAGGUGGCAGUGCCACAGGAACGGUUGGCGCCAACAACGAGGCCACCUGGUGCGACAUUUUCCCCAACGUGCCACCACCUGUCUACAAGGCCAAAGUGGUGGAUAUUUUCCAGCGCAUCUCCAAAGAAUUAGCUGGGAACGUGCCCCUGAAGGUCAUCAACGAUGGCGAGGUUACGGCUUUGGCAGCGGUGCAGAAGCUAGGCGGCAAGGGCAAC